UUAUUCUCGACUCUAAAAGGAGGAAACUGAUCUGCAUUUGUGUAUUUUGGAAAUUCCUUUCCCUUUUUCUUUUCUUUGGGGGAUCCUAGCCCGACUGGGGAUCAGGGAUAUUUUGGGGAGAAGAGAAGCUGUUUUACCCCCUCUCUUUCUCUCUCCUCACCAUCCUCCUGACUCACCACGCAGUGGGUUUUUUCUCCUUUAUUUUUUAUUUUCUUAAUUGACAGUUGGAUUCUGUUGAGGAUUUAAAAACAAAAACAAAAAACACUGAAAGAACAGCGGGAUUGUGUGUGUGUGUGUGUGCGUUUCUGUGCUUCCACGGACUCAUCGGGACUGGAGCAGGGCAGCAUGGAGCGGGUUUUGGUUGGAUGUAUCGGUGAUGUUUGGGAGGUGCUGGUGCUGAGGAGGAGGAGAACAGGAAGACUGUACCUGCUGCUGCUCUGCUGGCUGCUGGCUGCUCACACCACAGCGCACGCCUCAGAUGCCUCCUCAUCUUCUUCCUCCUCGUCUGGUCUUGGAGGUUUUGUGGACUUCAUUUUCACCCAGGAGCCUCAGGACACGGUGACAGUACGUGGCAGUGUGCUGCAGCUAGACUGCCAGGCACAGUCAGAUGCCGUGGCAGGACCCCCCACCAUCACAUGGCGUAAAGAUGGAGUGCUGCUUAGCACGGUGGUCGAUGAGCGGCGGCGACAGCUGAGUAACGGCUCGCUGCUGGUGCAGAAUGUGAUGCACUCGCGGCACCAUCGGCCCGAUGAGGGAGAAUAUCAGUGCCUCGCCACGCUGGAUGGACUGGGAAGCAUUGUGAGCCGGACAGCAAGAGUGACUGUGGCAGGUCCACUCAAAGUGGUCGUCCCCACUGAGUCCGUCUCAUCGUACCUCGGCGAUACUGCCCUGCUCCGCUGCGAGGUUUCAGGUGACCCAACACCUGUCAUCCGCUGGCAGAAGAACCGAGAGGACUUGCCACUGACCUUUGAACCUGACUCCCGUCUCGCUGUGCUGCCAUCAGGUUCGCUGCAGGUCAGCCGAGUCCAGCCACCGGACUCGGCUACAUACCGCUGUCUGGCUGAUAACCCCAGCAGCACCAGGACGGGGACGGACGCAGAGCUCCGUGUGCUCCCAGAACCUGGGGUCAGCAGGAACCUCCAGUUCCUUCAGAGCCCGACCCGAGUAACAGCUCUGCUGGGAUCAGAUGCGGUGCUUGAGUGUUCAGCCUCUGGUUACCCGACUCCGAGCAUCCAGUGGAGGAGAGGAGAGGAACUGAUUCAGAGCUGGAACAAGAAGUACUCUCUUCUGGCGGGCAGCAACUUGAUCAUCAGAAGCGUCACUGACGACGACUCUGGCAGUUACAGCUGUACAGCCUCCAACAAGAACCACAACAUCACUGCAUACGCUGAGCUCAGUGUACUAGUGCCUCCUCAGUUCCUCAACUACCCGACCAACACGUACGCCUAUGAGUCAACCGACAUCGAGCUGGAGUGUGCCGUGACAGGAAACCCGCCGCCGACCGUCCGCUGGAUGAAGAACGGGGAGGAAGUCAUCCCGAGUGACUACUUCCAGAUAGUGGACGGCAGUAACCUGCAGAUUUUGGGCUUGGUGAAGUCGGAUGAAGGAUUUUAUCAGUGCAUCGCGGAGAACUCUGCUGGCAGCUCUCAGGCGAUGGCUCAGCUGCUGCUCCGAGAGCCAGAGCCCACGCCCACUCAGAAUAGACCUUCCUUCACACCUCCUCCUCUUCCCCGCCCUUCUCCUGCUCCUCCUGCUCCUUCUGGCACCCCUUUGACUUACUCCUCCUCCUCUGAUCCCCCACCAGUGUCCCCCAGCCCAGGCGUUGCCCUCCCCUCUGCCCCCCGCGACCUGGUCCCUGUCCUAGUGUCCAGCCGAUUUGUCCGACUCAGCUGGCGCCCCCCAGAGGAGACCGGAGGAGCUGUUCAAACCUACGGUGUUUAUUACUCCCAGGAUGGAAUCGAUAGGGAGAGGUCAGUGAACGUGUCAGAGCCGGAGUCUCUGGAGCUGACAGUUUCCAACCUGAAGCCGGAGGAGAGCUACAGCUUCAGAGUUGUCGCUUAUAACGAUGUUGGGCCAGGAGAGAGCUCCGCCCCCCUCAAGAUCACCACAAAACCUGACCUCCAAGUUCCCAGCAAGGUGGACUCUCUCCGAGCGUUGGCUCUUUCUCCAACCUCCGUUCAGGUUAGCUGGGAGCCACCCAGCUUUCCAAACGGCCCCAUCCUGGGCUACAGGCUGCUGUGGACCGAGAGCCCGUCGGGCAAGGAGCAGAGUGUGGAGGUGAAUGGACAAAACUACAAGAUGGAGGGACUCAACAAGUUCACAGAGUACACAGUUCGAGUUUUGGGCAUCAAUCGCUAUGGACCAGGGACUGCCUCAGAUGCCGUCAGUGUCACCACCCAAUCAGAUGUACCCAGCGCUCCUCCACAAAACAUCACCUUAGAGGUCGUCCUGUCCAGGAGCAUCAAAGUAUCCUGGCAGCCUCCUCCACGCAGUGCCCAGAAUGGGAUCAUCACAGCUUACAAGAUCAAAUACAGGAAGACGGGCCGACGUGGAGACCAGGAAGCCAUCGAACCCAACAACUUCUGGUACCUGUUCACUGGUCUAGAGAAGGGCAGUCAGUACAGUUUCCAGGUAGCAGCAAUGACAGCAAAUGGGACAGGCCCGGCCAGCGAUUGGUACACCGCUGAGACGCCAGAGAAUGACCUGGAUGAGAGUCAGGUGCCUGACCAGCCCAGCUCCCUGCACGUCAGGCCGCUUCCCAACAGCAUCAUCAUGUCCUGGACUCCACCGCUCAGCCCUAACAUCCUGGUCAGGGGUUACAUUAUUGGCUAUGGAGUAGGCAGUCCCUACGCUGAGACGGUCAGAGUGGACAGCAAGCAGAGAUACUACUCCAUUGAAAACCUAGAGCCAAGCUCGCACUAUGUGAUUUCCCUGAAGGCUUUCAAUAAUGCUGGGGAGGGAGUCCCUCUGUACGAGAGCGCCGUCACUCGAUCCCUGACAGACCCCAUUGACCCAUCUGAGGAUGACCUCUUCCACCUCUUUGAUAAAUACCCCACUCCCAUGCCAGACACCAGCACUCCCAUGAUCCCCCCAGUGGGGGUUCAAGCUGUGGCUCUGUCCUCGGAUUCAGUCCGUGUCUCCUGGGCCGACAACUCUAUGACCAAGAACCAGAAGUCAUCGGAAGUUCGUUACUACUCCGUCAAGUGGAAGACAAGCUACUCCACCAGUGGAAAGUACAAGUCUGCAGACACUACGGCCCUCAGCCACACGGUCACUGGCCUCAAACCAAACACCAUGUACGAGUUCGCUGUUAUGGUCACCAAAGGCCGCAAGUCCAGCACCUGGAGUAUGACGGCGCAUGCUACGACAUAUGAAGCAGCUCCUAGCUCUGCCCCCAAAGAUUUAACAGUUAUAAGCCGUGAAGGACGACCCCGUGCCAUUUUGAUCAGCUGGCAACCACCUAUGGAGGCCAACGGGCGAAUCACAGGUUACAUUCUGUAUUACACUCUGGAUAAGAACAUGCCGAUAGACGACUGGGUGAUGGAGGCAAUUAGUGGCGACCGGCUAACCCACCAGGUUGUGGAUCUGAACCUCGACACUGUUUACUACUUCAGGAUUCAAGCCAAAAAUGCCAAAGGAGUCGGCCCUCUAUCCGAGGCCAUCCACUUCAGGACAGCCAAAGUGGAGCAUCCAGACAAGAUGGCCAACGAUCAAGGUCGAGGAGGAGAACACGCCUACUGGCCGCCUGACACCAACCCGAUUGACAGGAGCAGCAUCAACGAGUCUCCAAUUGGUCAGAUGCGUCCCCCUCACGGCAGCGUCACCCCUCAGAAGAACAGCAACCUCCUGGUCAUCAUUGUGGUUUCUGUGGGAGCCAUCACUGUGGUCGUGGUUGUCAUCGUGGCCCUCAUCUGCACACGGCGCUCCUCCGCCCAGCAGAGGAAGAAGAGAGCAAGUCACAGUGCCAGUAAGAGGAAGGGCAGCCAGAAGGACCUGCGGCCUCCGGACCUCUGGAUCCACCACGAGGAGAUGGAGAUGAAGAACAUGGAGAAAGCUCCCAGCAUCGCACCGUCUGGCCACGAUUCACCAAUCCAGUCUUGCCAGGACCUCCCCCAGGUGGCACACAGCCAAUCAGAGAGCCAGAUGGGGAGCAAAAGCAGCCAUUCAGGAGCAGAUGCUGAUGAGGUUUCCAGCAGUAUCUCCACUUUGGAGCGUUCUCUGGCUGCCAGGAGAGGAACUCGAAGCAAAAUGAUGAUUCCCAUGGACUCGCAGCCGAGCAACACACCGGUGGUCAGUGCCAUCCCAGUGCCAACCCUGGACUCCUCGCAGUAUCCCGGGAUUCUGCCUUCUCCUUCGUGUGGCUUCACUCACAACAAGUUUAGCCUGAGACCAAUGCCUUUCCCCAGCCUGACUGUGGACAGAGGAUACACACCAGCUUUGUCCACAGAUGCCUCCUCCAAUCCUCUUCUCCAGCAACAGCCUCCAACACAGCAGACUGCUCCUCUCCUCCCCGGUUCCUCAGCCCCGCCUGGGGAGCACCUUCCCUCGAUAGGCCCAGUCCCGGGUGCCCCUGCAGCCACUGCAGCGGCAGAGGAGGCCCAGGGUGGGAGCGGUCGGACCAUCCCGACAGCCUGCGUGCGGCCCACCCAUCCGCUAAGAAGCUUCACCAACCCACUGCUGCCACCACCCAUGGGGACCAUCGACCCCAAGGUGUACACUUCUAUGCUGCCACAGUCCAGUGCGAGCCUCCCGAAGCCCCAGGUGAAGACGGCCUCUCUGGGUCAGGCCGGUAAGGCUCGCUCUCCCCUGCUGCCUGUCUCAGUGCCCACGGCGCCGGACUUACCAGAAGAGGGAGGAACAAAACCCGCGGAGGAUUCAGCUGCCAACAUUUAUGAGCAAGAUGACCUGUCAGAGCAGAUGGCCAGUCUAGAAGGGCUGAUGCAGCAACUCAAUGCCAUAACAGGCUCCGCCUUCUAACCUCUGAGCCCGGCCCGGCCCUGAUUCACGGCCUAGUCUGGAACCCUUCUUCAAGCCUCGAUGUCACCUGUUGUCUGGUCUUUCAAGGCACC